AUGGGCUCAGUCACAUACGCGGACGGCGUCUCUAUCCUUCAGCUCAUCGCAUACCUCCCAUCAUUUUUCGUGUCCAGCUUCCUGGUUUACCGUCAUGGCUUUCGAAGCUCGGGCGGCUUUAUUUUCCUCGUCAUUUUCACCUUUGUCCGCAUAGUCGGCGCAUGUUGUGAAUUGGCGACUAUCCAUAAUCACUCGACUGGUGUCUACAUUGCGGCUGCGAUCUGCAGCUCCAUUGGACUAUCUCCCUUACUCAUGGCUUGCUCAGGCAUGCUAUCAAGGGCAAACCAAUCCAUGGCCCGCCCUGUCCUCCACAGACUCACCUUCACUGCAUUCCGUGUCACCACCAUCGUCGCGCUGGCUUUGACUGUGACUGGAAUUACAUGGAACAUGACUCCCGAGGCCUUAAAAACGCCAAACACUGAAGUGAAGGUUGGCAUGAUCUUGUACUUUGUCAGCUGGGUCCUUUUGUGUGCUGGUCUCGCCGUCCUGUGUCUGCGUCGCUCAAAGAUCGCAGCUGGCGAAAACCGCAACUUGCUCGCUGUGGCUAUCUGUGUUCCGUUUCUCCUUAUUCGAACCAUUUACGCUAUCUUGCUCUGGUUCAUGGCAAACAAUACAUUCAACGCCCUGGACGGAAACACCACUGUUCAGCUGGUGAUGUCUGUAAUUGAGGAGAUUAUCAUUGUCUUCGUUUGCCUGAGUAUUGGUUUUACCUUGCAUGUUCGAGAAAAGAACUGGAAGUCCGUUCCAAACAAGGAGACUGAAUUGAGAGAGGAGAUGGCUUAG